UUGAAAUAAAAAGUCAUCGUCUUUGCUAGUUCACACACACAAGCGGCAUUUGUUUUGCAAAAUUUUUCGAGAUUUUUUGCAAAAUCAUUAGAGUUUUAUAGUUAAACUUAAAAGAACAAUUACUAAUAAAAUAAAUAAAUAUGUCAAUUUUGGCUUAUAACGGUGGUUGCGUUGUAGCAAUGCGUGGCAAGGAUUGUGUGGCAAUAGCCACCGAUAGACGUUUUGGUGUACAGGCCCAAACCAUUGAAACUGAUUUUGAAAAGGUGUUCCAAAUAAAUCCACGCAUGUUCUUGGGUCUGGUUGGCUUACAGACCGAUAUUUUAACCGUUAAGGAUCGUCUGACAUUCCGUAAGAAUUUGUACGAGACUAGAGAAAAUCGUGAAAUGCAGCCAGCCAGAUUUUCGGCAAUGCUUUCCAGUUUCUUGUAUGAACACCGUUUUGGACCUUACUUUAUAGAACCAGUAAUUGCUGGCUUAGAUCCCAAAACAAUGGAGCCUUUUAUAUGUAACAUGGAUUUAAUUGGUUGUCCAAAUGUUCCUGAUGAUUUUGUGGUAGCUGGCACAUGUGGCGAACAACUGUAUGGCAUGUGUGAAACCUUGUGGAAACCCGAUUUGGAGCCCAACCAGCUAUUCGAAGUUAUAUCUCAAGCCAUGAUUAAUGCCUUUGAUCGUGAUGCUAUAAGUGGUUGGGGUGCUACCGUGUACAUUAUCGAAAAGGAUAAAAUUACAACAAAAACAUUGAAAACCCGUAUGGACUAGAGCGGAAAAGACGAAACUGGUUUUUAUAUACUUUUCAUAUUGUAAUUAAUUCUCUCAAAAAAAUGUGUCAGCAGAAGGAUUUUUCAUUUAAAAAAUAAAAUUUGUUCUAAACAAAUGUAAUAAA